CCUCCUUCUCCCUUAAACAGCUUCAGUUGAGUUAGACUCCUGUUUGUGAUUACAAAGGUAACUACAGCAGCACUGCUGACUUUUCUGUGCAUAUGUGUGUGGUUCAGGUCUACAAUUUACCAGUGUUUCAAGUGCAGCUGUGAGGUCAUUAACUGCAUUUUAGGAAGGCUUGACUGAGAGGCAGAGUUGUUAUUUGAGCAAAGACUGGAACAGACAGAGGUUACCUGUCUGAGCAAGACUCCCACUGUGUUGCACAGAACAGCCUGCAUAAGGUCUCCUACAAGGACGUUUUCAGUGAUCCAAGGGUCUGUGCUUCACACCAACAGGAAUUCCAGAGAUGAAGUUGUUCAUUAUUUUUAUAAUUGCUAGUUUCUGUGGAGCUUCUUACUGUCAGUAUGAUAACGGAUUCUUCACUUGGCUUAACUAUCUGAGAAGGGGUUAUAAUCCAUAUGCAUAUUUGGAGAGUUCUGGAUCUGCGGAUUGUCCAUUGGAAUGUCACUGUCCUUCCAACUUUCCCACAGCUAUGUACUGUGACAGUCGCAAAUUAAAGCAUAUCCCAUAUGUACCCUCCAGGAUGAAAUAUGUUUAUUUCCAGAACAAUCAAAUUGCCAGCAUUCAAAAUGGAGUGUUUGACAAUGCAACUGGUCUAAUAUGGAUCAUAUUACACAACAACAAUUUAACUAGUGAACAAAUAGACAGCAAAGUCUUCUCCAAACUGAAAAACCUGGAAAGAUUAUAUCUGCACCACAACAAACUCACCAAGAUUCCCACUGCACUGCCAAGGUCACUGAAGGAGCUGCAGUUGUCUUCAAACUAUUUAUCAUCUAUUCCUGCAGAUGGUCUAGAAGGUCUGGAUAAUCUCACUGCUCUUUAUCUUAAUGACAACCAGCUGAAGGAUGUUGGUGGAGCACUUAGAGGCUUGUCCUCUCUGGCCCUCUUAGACUUGAGUAACAACAAGCUUAAGAAGCUUCCUGAAAAUCUCCCAAAUUCCUUAAACCAGCUCUAUCUUGAGUCCAAUCAUGUGAAUACAAUUCCAGAUGAAUACUUUAGCAAAUUCCUUAGGCUGAGGUAUGUGAGGCUGUCCAAGAAUGACCUGACAGAUGCAGGGAUCCCAUCCAACACAUUUAACAGCAGCAGUUUGAUUGAACUGGAUCUGUCUUACAAUAAACUGCAAAAAAUACCACCUGUGAAUCCAAACCUGGAGAACCUGUAUCUCCAUGCAAACCGAAUCAAAGAGUUCUCUCUCACCAGCUUCUGCAAGGUGAUUGACAUCAUGAAUUUCUCCAGGAUCCGGGUCCUCAGACUAGAUGGAAAUGAAAUCCGCCAGGAUACCAUCCCAGCAGAAGCACCUCUCUGCCUGCGCCGCGCUGCCAUCAUUGACAUAUAAGUUCCGAAUUUUGUGCCAGGAUGCCUAUUGUAAACUUCCAGUGUGAAGCAGGAUAUGAGUCUCACCUAUGAACUUUAUCUGCUGCUACACUCAUCCCAUGUGCACAUAACCUUAUGCAAUUAUAUAGCAUACAUCUAAAAAUGUAUUCUCCAUUUCUAUGUUUAAAUGCAGAGUAUAUGGUAAAAUGUUGCAUGAUGUAUAGUUAUAACUAUCUUGCAGUUUAUUAUAUAAUGCUUUGGUGGCAACAUUUAUGUAAACAAUUGGAUGUGCACAGUCUUCUAAACGGAAAAAUGCCACAUCAUUUUGUUAAAGUGCAGAAUGCUGGGAACAAUCGGCAUUGUUUUGUAUUGGCUUUCUACUUUUGUGUCCAGAAUACCUCAGUAUAUUAUAUUCAUGACAACUGAAAUAGCGAGCCAUCCCAAUUUACAGGCUAUUAAGAUGGAAGGAUAACUGAAAUAGUUAUUUCUUCAAUGGAGUUAGCAAUGGAGUGAUAUUCUAAACAUCUGGAGUAUCCAUUUCAUGUAAAAGUGGAAAAUUCAUCUAUUGUCAGUGGUAAUGUUACGACUGCUUCUCCAUACUUUAUAUGAAAAACUAAAUUAGCCAUUAUUGUACAGAAACAGUGCAUAUAAUAUAACUACAAUAUAUUCUUUAAUAUUAAUAAUGCAAUAUUUUUGGUCUUAAAUAGCAAUAGAAUAUCCCCACUGUGCUAUUUCAAAUCUAAAUAUGCAACAGUUUCUUGUGUUUCUAUAUGAAAUGGCCAGUAAAUGAAAUGACUAUUCAAGACAACAGAUGGCCAAAAUGAAAAAGGUCAAAUAUAUAUUUUUCUUUUUCUUCACAGGAUACUAAAAACAACUAAUAAAAAUUCCCAGCCCACAAAAAGUAACUCCGUACAGGUUGUACAGGUCAAAUUAACUUUGCAUAAUUUGUAUUUCAGAAGGAGGAAUUUUUACCUAAAUGUCUAUCUGCCCGUCACAGCAUUAACCAAACACAUCUCAACAUAAUAUACACAUGGAAACUGUGCAUAGAUAAAUAUAUCAUUUAAACCAUUAUUUUAAAGAGUUUUGUUCUAUAUUAUUCAUUUAUCCCUAAAUAAUACAAAAAGUACAUUAAAACUAGUUAUACUACAUUCAAACAUGUCUUGUUUAUAUUAAUGGUAUUGUCUUUCAGUGUAUACUCUGUGUUGAAGAAAUGCUGCAGUUGUCAGCACAGAAAUGUCUUGUCAGUGUAGUCAUUUUGUCUCUCUUGAUCUUCCUUCUUUACUUACUGAAGAAAGAAGUGAGACCAGCUCCUGUUGGUUGAUUCAACAACAUCUAGUACCCCCAUUGUUCUGUGGGGAGAUUUUUCUGGUCUGACUGACUGGACAAGAACCCAGAUAGUACAACUUGAGUGAACAGACUGGUCACUCAGUCCUGAGGGAGACUUCAAGAAAAACAUAAUAGUGAGCAGUAAGAGUCAAAAACAAAGACAUAACAACUUAAAAUAACACCACAGAAGUCUUUAUAUGACAUAUAAUAUAAAAAGUGGUGUUAAACUCAUUGCACACUGAGGUUAGAGAAAAGCUACUAUAUGCAAUGCACAUACCUCUUAAUCAGUAUUUGCCUCCAAAAUGGUACUUAUUAAUUCUGCUAAUGAUAAGUUAAAUUACAAAAAAAAAAAAACUUUUACAAGAUGACAU